AUGCCAGAGCCCACAAAGAAAGAUGAGACACCAAAUGGUCAGCCAGAGGAAAGUGUUGCCCCAGAAAGUAGCGGUGCCCCACCCCCACCUGAGAUUUCCCUGGAGGUAUCUCCACCCCCAGAGGCAGUAGCAGAGGGGAAAGAACCAGUAGAGACUGAUGGGAAGAAACCAGAAUCCACAGAGCCUGAGCCAGUACAGGCUGUGGUGGCUCAGGAGCCGUGUCCUGCCGUGAAUGGCUCAAUCCAACCACAGCCUGGUGGGGUUGGGGUAAAAGAGCAAGCAGAGUCUGCUAACUCUACUUUAAAGGAAGAGGGCACUUGCUCUCCCCCACCACCUGAGGAUGCCAGUUCAACCAAGAAACUCUCAGUUGAGCUGCCUAAUGAUAGCGUCCCUGUGCCAGCCAUGGGGAGAAAGGACUCAGUGUGGUCUCUGGGAGAGGGUCAGGCACCAGACGAACUGGAAAAGCCCGUUGACAACCCACCGCUCUCCACCCUGCUGAUCGAGAGACCCCAGAGUGGUGCUGUCACUGUGGGUGGUGACAUCACCUUUGUUGCCAAAGUGGAGGCCAAAGAUCUUCUGCGCAAACCAACUAUCAAGUGGUUUAAAGGGAAAUGGAUGGAUCUGGCCAGCAAGACAGGAAAACAUCUACAGCUAAAAGAGACCUUUGACCGACUCACAAAGGUCCACACAUUUGAGAUGCACAUCAUCAAGGCCAAAGAUAACUAUGCUGGGAACUACAGGUGCGAGGUCAACUACAAGGACAAGUUUGAUAGCUGUUCCUUUGACUUGGAAGUUAAAGAAGCUGAAACGGGCUCACAGAAUAUUGACAUUCGAUCCGCUUUCAAGAGAAGCAGUGAAGGACAAGAAGAUGCAGGAGAGCUUGACUUUAGUGGUCUUCUAAAACAUAGAAAUCAGAGGGAGCACAAACAGCAGGAUGACACUCCAGAGGUGGAUGUGUGGGAGAUCCUGAAGAACGCCCGGCCAGAUCAGUAUGAAAAGAUUGCCUUUAUGUACGGCAUCACAGACCUGAGGGGUCUGCUGAAGAGGCUGAAAAAGAUGCCUAAAGAGGAGAAGAAGCUGGAAGCUUUUGCAAAGAAGCUGGACCCUGCAUAUCAGGUGGAUAAAGGUGGAAAGAUCCGCUUAGUGGUGGACCUGGCUGACCCCACAGUUGAACUGAAGUGGUACAAGAAUGGACAGGAAAUCAGGCCCUCGCCCAAUCAAAGGAAGUAUAUUUUUGAGCAUAAGGGCACACAAAGGAUUAUGGUCAUCAACAACUGCACCGCCAAUGAUGACGCAGCCUAUUCGGUAGUCGCAGGAGAUGAGAAAUGUAGCACAGAGCUUUUUGUCAAAGAGUUACCAGUUAAGAUAGUUAAAGGUCUUGAGCCUGUGAAGACCACAGUGAACGAGAGGAUUGAGCUAGAGUGUGAAGUUUCAGAGGAAGGUGCUCAAGUCAAAUGGUUGAAGAAUGGUGUUGAGGUUCCAACAGGGGUGCGAUCGAGAUAUCGAGUUAAGUGUGAGGGAACUAAACACUUUUUGGUGAUUGAUGACGCCUCACGAGACGAUACUGGGACAUACUCCAUCAUGGCCUCUGGUGGCACCUCUGAGGCUCAUAUACAAGUUGACUUGAAACCAUUGAAGGUGUACCAGGACCUGCAGGACAUGACGGUGUUGCUGGGUCAGCCCAUCAAGUUGCACUGUGAGAUUUACCCAGGAAAUGUCCCAGGCCGCUGGUACAGGAACGGACAGCUGAUCCAACCUAGCGAUCGCAUCAACAUCAUACACAGAAAUAAAGUCCACCGACUUGAAAUUGCAGCCAGCUCCCUUCACGAUGCAGGAGAUUACACUUUUGUACCUGAGGGGUAUUCACAGAGCCUUUCUGCCAAAAUCCACAUCAUUGACCCUCCGAGGGUACUCUUGGACAGCUUGAACUUCCCAGACAACACUGUAACUGUCGUGGCAGGAAAUAAACUCCGCUUAGAAAUCCCAAUCAGUGGAGAACCAGCACCCAGAGUGGUGUGGAUGAAGGGUGAAAGGGUGAUUCUCGAGUCAGGUCACCGCGUCCACGCUGAGACAUACAGCGACCAUACGAGUCUGACAAUUGAGGUCACUGAGCGGGAGGACACAGGAAACUACAAGAUAGUUCUGCAGAACGAGGCUGGUGAAGCCACAGCUAGUGUCAAAAUCAAGGUUGUUGACAUCCCCGACCCUCCUGAAGCUCCCUUGGUCCCAGUGGUGGGUGGUGAUUGGUGUUCUAUGACAUGGGAACCUCCAAAAUACGAUGGAGGCUCGCCAAUCUUAGGCUAUUACAUUGAGAGAAAAAAGAAGCAGAGCUCCAGAUGGAUGAGACUGAACUUUGACCUGAUCAAGGAGACUACAUUUGAACCCAAGAAGAUGAUUGAAGGAGUGCCGUAUGAAGUGCGGAUCUUUGCAGUCAACGCCAUCGGUGUGUCCAAACCCAGUGAACCUUCCAAAGCCUUUACUCCUCUCGCUGUUACCAGUGAACCCACUAUGCUGGUUGUGGAUGAUGUUACUGACACCACUGUGACGGUAAAGUGGCGUCCACCUGAAACCAUUGGAGCUGCUGGGCUGGACGGAUACUUAGUGGAGUAUUGCAUAGAAGGAACUAAUGAUUGGGUAAUAUCCAACAAGGAGCUGACAGAGAAAACCAGGUACACCAUCACCGGUCUGAGUCCAGGGUGUAAAAUUUUAGUUCGUGUCAAAGCCAUCAAUGCAGCUGGAGCUAGCGCUCCACGUACCCUGCAGCAUGCUAUCCUGGUUAAAGAGGUUGUUGAACCACCCAAGAUCCGCGUCCCACGGCACUUGAAGCAGACUUACACUCGCAAAGUUGGAGAAACAGUCAACCUUGUGGUGCCAUUUAUGGGCAAACCCCGACCGAAGGUCACCUGGCUGAAGGAUGGCAACCCUAUAGAGCCUUCACAAGUUAGCAUCCGUAACACAGACUGUGACAGCAUCAUCUUCAUCCGCAAAGCAGAGCGCAGCCACUCUGGGAAGUAUGACAUGACAGUGCAGGUUGAAAACCAUGUGGACACAGCCAUACUUGACAUACAGAUUGUAGAUCUACCUGGACCUCCUCAGUGUGUGAAUAUUGAAGAUGUUUGGGGUGGAAAUGUAGCUCUGGUCUGGACCCCUCCAAAGGACAAUGGGAACGCCCCAAUAACAGGCUACACCAUUCAAAAAGCAGACAAAAAGACAAUGGAAUGGUUCACAUGCAUUGAGCACUACCAUCGCAACUGCAUUACCAUCACAGAACUGGUAGUUGGGAACGAGUACUUCUUCAGGAUCUUCUCUGAGAAUAUGUGUGGCCUGAGUGAAACCGCCACCCAAACCAAAAAGAGUGCUCUCAUCGUCAAAGAAGGCUUGCAGAUGAAAACACAAGAGUACAAUGACCACGACUUCAAGGAGGCGCCGAAGUUCACACAGCCACUUAUCAACACUUUCGCCGUGGCCGGCUACAACACUACUCUUAACUGCAGCGUGCGUGCCAACCCAAGGCCCAAAGUGAUCUGGAUGAAGAAUAAGAUAACCAUCAUUGACGAUCCGCGCUACCGUAUGUUUAGCAACCAAGGAGUCUGCACUCUGGAGAUCAGGAAGCCCAGUCCCUAUGAUGGUGGAAUGUACACCUGCAAGGCCAUCAAUGAACUAGGAGAGGCUCAAGUGGACUGCAAACUGGAGGUCAAAGGAGGCUUCACCUUCUUUGAACUCAUGCAACGUGGAGUGCCCCUACAUCUGAUUGACAAGUAUAUGACCGAGUCGAAGGUUGUUGAGCAAGAGAAGUAAAAACUGAGCACAGUGCAAUAAGACAUUUUUGGCUUGCAAACAUCUGAUGCCACUAGUUACCCUGUUCUCUCAACUGCUAAGGUCAGCAGCCUGCAGGUGGAUGGAGGGAAGGUGGGACAGGUGGAUGGGUGUGAGGGAGGGUAUACCAAUCCGGUGUGGUAUGCUGUGUGCAGCUUUGGAGCUAGUUACCAUAAGAAAAAAAAGCCAGUUCAUCUUCUUUAUCACUCUGUUAUGUUUGAAAGACUCAGCUCAGAUGCAUGUUGGCAGUGUUUUGGUUCUAGCUUUAAUAAGGAAUUGUAGUGUGAAAAAAACAAGCUCAUGGUGCACAAACAGUGACACACAGCUAGAGUAUUUUCAUGUGGAUUUUUGUCAGGAGUGCUUUUUGAAGGUGGCUGAUUACUUCUGGGCUCUGAAAGAUUUAGUUUGAUGUUUAAAGGGUGUCAGUGAACUAAUACAUGCAAGAAAAGUGAGAACAGACUUGAGUAAUGUUGGACAAAUGAAUGUUUUCACUCUUCUGACAUGAAUCACAUUAACAUUUCACUUUUUCUGUUGAGUUAGUAAGACAAUAUAGAGAUUUACACACAGUCUAUACAUGGCAUUAAACUUUUGAAUUCUUGGAUUCAUACUGGGCUGAGGUUUGAUUGGGGUUAAAACAUGUGUGCAUGCCUUUACCUUUGUAAUUACAACCUG